AUGCCUGAUGCCUUCAUCAUUAUAAGAAGCCCUAGACCACGCCCUAAUGAGGUCGGGGGUCGUUAUGCCAACCCCAGGAUUCGAACUCGCUUCUACGAGGCUGGACAGGUUGCUGAUAUCAGCAUAUAUAGCAACCUUCCGGGAAGUCCCGGGUUUUACGAGUUCCGCUUGUGCGCAGGUGCAAUUGAAUCGCAGGCGUGUCUCGACCAGAAUCUUCUGACCAUUGUUAACCACGACGGUACGCGCUCGUCACGCGCCUCAGUGCCCGCCACGCAGGGCAACAACGUGUUUCAUGUGCAGCUUCCGACUGGUGUCACGUGCGACUACUGCGUGCUACAAUGGCGGUUCAGGAAAGAAAACAGCGCGGCUGGAUGCGAUAACCAGAACUGGUGCGGUGUAGGACGGGGACCCCAGAUUGAGUUCUACAACUGUGCUGACGUCAUGAUAGGGGCCGUGGGGACGCCAAAACCCGGCUUCAUUCAGGACCCCGUGUACUCGGAGACCGACUACGGGAGUGCCUACGACUGGGGCGUUACCGGAAAUAACAGCACAACACCGGGCAGCAGCAACCUUGACGGUUCUGGUACAACGGCCUCCCCGGUGCAAUCAACGACAACUAGACGGCCAGCAACCACCCGUCCGCCCAUCUUUGUGAUUCCAACUGUAAUCACAACACGAAGACCCAGCUCUAACGCUCCCCAGACCGCCGCUCCAUCAAGCACGGCUGAAACAUUACCCGAAACGGAACGCUUGAUAACCGACUUGGCAACUGGCGCUCAGGCAGGAACAAACUUUUACCCGACGAAUUCAAACGCCAACAACAACAACGGUCGGCUUCUGUUAUUGCUUGGAAUGUUACCUCUACUCGGAGCCUUCGCGCUACGCAACAACCCUGGUCGGCCGAUCGUAAUUCCGCCGAUCGCUCCACCUGGAUUUCUCGUCCCAGGCUUCCCGAGUAUGUAUACGGGAAGCAAUUUUGGCUUCGGUACUUUCGGAGCAAUCCCCGGAGGUGUACCUGCUCUCGCAGGCUUUGAAUACCAGUCCGGAUCGUUGAACAACUUUGGCACGUACGGCGCAGGGACAAAAGGAUCCGGCUACGGUAAUAAAUACGGCAACAGCCACUACACGCUGGCGAAGGCGUUUGGCGAGAAUUAUGGCGGGAACAUGGUUGGCACCACUGGUAUGGUCAACAGCGCACUGUUAAGCCAAACUGUGCAAGCCAAUAGCCUGAAAGGACUAAACCUUCCACAAACGUGGCAACAAUCGCCUGGUAUAAGUAACAAUGGGUUGAGCUCCGGUUCUCUUUACACCAAUGCUAUCGGCUCGCAAUACAACGUCGGUGUCCUCAGCGCCGGCUCGAAUGGCGUCCUACCAGGAACAGGUUGGAACACUGCGAAUGUCGGCAACAAUGGCUACUACUCUCAGUCCGUUCUGAAUAGCCAACAAUCGAAUAACUGGGGCAAGAUCAACUCAGCAAACAUGGGCACAAACCUAGCUACUUUGAUAAACAAUAACAAUGUUGCAAUCGGAGGUGGUCAAACACUAAAUUUUGGAACGCCCAGUGUUGGUAAUCCUAUUUCCUACCCUAACGGUCAGUGGUCAGGAAACUCAGUCAACUGGAACGGAAACGGUAUUGUCGGCAAAAACGGAUUUGUAUCGAAUGUCGCCUAUCCAAAUGAAGGUCUCGUCAGAAACAAGCGAGGAACAAGUGGCGGGUACAAUCACCAGCAAGGCUACGGGCCGAAACACGGGAUGCAAAGCGCGGGAACCAAUACUCGUCAGUUUUUAAACGCCCCUGGAACACAAGGGCCGUUAUCCGGUCAAAGAAGUAAUUCACUUGGUCCCCAUCCGUUCGACCCCAAUUCUCCAAACGGUGGAUGUUUCCCUCUUCCUUGUAACACCGCAAACGCUAGAGUAUCCGCUAACUCGGUACAGUCUAAUAUGCAAAAUGGGGAUGUGCCCAGUGGUCAAUGGACCGAUGGGGGAGUGCGCUUCUUUGAUCGCAAACGUCGACCUCAGGUGCACGACUGGUACGCGUUGUUGAUGCAACGAAUACAGCAGGCAUCGGAAAAUUAAACAUCUAAGCACGUCUAUUUCAGAGGACUUUAGAGUCAAAUGUUGUUGUUUUUUAACCCAUUUAUGCCUAGUGGA